GCUAAUAUCUGCCUGAUCCAGUCAGUGAAACUUCAGGGUCAGCGAGCAGGCAGUUGCUGUGUACAACGGGGUUUGCAAAAGGGUGACAUGAAAGAAGGAAACUAGUUGGUUGAGAAAGAAAGGACACUAAAGAAAAGAGGCAAGAGAACCUGCAGUAGGGAAGGAGCCACACCAUUUUACAGAGGAAAGAGAUGGAGUACAAAGUUACCGUGGCCACCGGGACCUCGGAAUAUUCAGGAACCAAUAACUAUGUGUACAUAACUCUGGUUGGAGAGAGAGGAGAGAGUGAGAGAACCGUGCUGGACAAUCCAGGCCUAGACUUCUGUAGAGGAGCGGAGGAUGAUUACACGGUUAGCAGCGCAGCUGAUUUGGGUCCCCUGAUACUGGUGCGACUGGAAAAGCAGAAGUACUGGGUGGAGGAUAACUGGUUCUGCCGAUAUGUGAAAGUCAGUAUACCUGGAGAAAGAUGCAGCUAUACUUUUCCUUGUUACCGCUGGCUAGUGGGAGAUGGAGUGGUAGUAGAGCUCAGAGAAGGCACAGCCAAAAAGCUGAGUGAUGACACCUUGCCACUGGAGAUAGCUCACAGAAAGACAGAGCUUCAGGAGAGGCAGAAACUAUACAGAUGGCUUGCAUGGGCCCCCGGCAUUCCAAAAUGCAUUGAUGCCAAGUCAGAGGCCGAUCUCCCCCAGGACGUUCGCUUCGACAAUGAGAAGCGCAGUGACUUUGUGGGAUCCCUUCACUAUGCGCUUUUGGAGCUCUCUCUGAAAAAACUGGCAAUCAAGUUCGGGAAGUCGUGGAAUGACCUGGACGAUUUCAAAAGGAUCUUCUGGAAGCUAAGAAGCCCUAUAGCCGAAUACACCAUGAAGCACUGGAGAGAAGACUGGUUUUUUGGUUACCAAUUCCUGAACGGCUCAAACCCACGGAUGAUUGCCAGGUGCAAAGAGGUGCCCUCGAACUUCCUUGUCACUGGAGACAUGGUACAGUCCUCUCUGAUACCUACAACCACUUUGAAGGAGGAACUCAAGAAAGGAAAUAUAUUCCUGGUUGACUAUGCGAUUAUGGAUGGGAUUCCUGCCAAUGUAAUCAGAGACAAGACACAGCACAUAGCUGCCCCGCUUUGCUUACUGUAUGAACACCCCGAGAAAGGUCUCAUUCCCAUUGCCAUACAGCUUGAACAGAAACCUGAUAAGGACACACCCAUAUUCCUACCUAGCGAUCCACCUCUGGCCUGGUUAUUGGCUAAGAUGUGGGUUCGUCAUGCUGAAUUCCAGAUCUUUCAGGUGUUAUCACAUCUGCUACGCACACACUUGGUGAUAGAAGUGAUCUGUAUGGCCACCUUGCGUCAGCUGCCUGCUGUUCACCCUAUUUAUAAGCUCUUGGCUCCACACUUGAGGUAUACGCUUGAGAUUAACUGUCGUGGCAGAACACAGCUCAUCUCCCCAGAUGGUAUCUUCAAAAGGGUGGUAUCAACAGGUGGAGAUGGACUCUUGAUUCUGGCAAAGAGGGAGUAUAAGGUAUUGACCUAUCGCUCCCUCCAGCCCAAAUUCGACUUCUUGGACAGAGGGGUUACUAAGCUAAGAGACUAUUUCUACAGGGACCAUUCUCUGAUGCUGUGGGGUGCGAUUCAAAAUUUUGUUUCAGGAAUCAUUUCCUUGUACUACAAGAGUGAUAGCGAGGUGGAACAGGACUCAGAACUUCAGGCCUGGAUUAAUGAUGUGGCUGUGGAGGGCUUUGUGGAUGUGCCUGGUUUUGGCCUAGCCAGUGAGCUGAAGACAAAAGAAGAACUGAUCACACUGUUAAGCGUGGUGAUCUUUACCAGCACAGCCCAACAUGCUGCCACCAACAAUGGACAGUUUGAUUGGUGUGCAUGGGUUCCCAAUACACCUUGCACCAUGCGGCACCCUCCACCAACAGAUAAGGAUGCUGUCACCAUGGGCCUGAUCAUGGACACACUCCCUGAUAUCAGCCAGUCCUGCGUGCAGAUGGCCAUCACAUGGCAUUUGGGUCGGGCACAGCCAGAUGCGAUCCCAAUGGGUCAGUAUGUGGAACAGUACUUUACUGAGCCUGCUGCUUUGAAGGUGAUUGACAAAUUCAGAAAGGAGCUGAAGGAACUGGAGGAGCAGAUAAUAUCUCAGAACGAGGGACUAGAACUGCAGUACCUUUACCUGUGUCCAAGCCACAUGGAAAAUAGCAUCACCAUUUAGAAAAACUCUCAUUUGAAUUGUAUGUGUAUAUACAUCAGUGAACAUUUUCCUGAGUAGCUAAAACUUAAAAUUAGCACACUUUGAAUUAACAACCAAAGUCCCUUUCCUAGAUAUAGCCGCGAGCAAUGCCUGUCUCGGGAAUUGCAUCUAUUGCAGCAGAAAUACUGUCAUAAUUAUGUCAUUUAUUUAGUUUGUAACAUUUUUUAAAGCAUUGAUGCAAAGUUUUUUUCCAUUC